UUGGUUGUUGCAGAUGCUGAGACUCUGCCCCCAAUGAUUGGGACCACAUAGAGAGGUCUGGAUGCUGCACGGACUAGAGGACUGUGAACAAAAGUGUUACGGACCAGCUCAGCCAUGAGAGCCCAGAUCGAAGUGAUUCCGUGUAAGAUAUGCGGGGACAAAUCCUCUGGAAUUCACUAUGGAGUUAUAACGUGUGAAGGAUGCAAGGGAUUUUUUAGAAGAAGUCAACAGGGCAAACCGCUUUACUCCUGCAGUCAGCAACAAAGCUGCCAGAUUGACCGCUCCAGCAGAAACCGCUGCCAACACUGCCGGCUUCAGAAAUGUAUUUCCCUUGGAAUGUCACGGAACGCUGUAAAGUUUGGCCGAAUGUCCAAGAAACAGCGUGAAAUCUUACAAGCCGAGGUUCAGAAGCAUCGUCUGAGAGAGCAGAGAACAGAAAUGCCAACCAAUCCUUGCAGUUCUGACUCUCAAGACAUGGAGCAACCAAAUGUCUCACCAAGGCUAUCUGAAGCCUAUAGCACCACAACGUGGAGCAGUCAGAACAAAUGGGAGUCCUCCUGCUCCGUACAUUCCAACCCACCAUCUAAAGCACAACUUCAGAGGGAUAACAUCCUUCACCAGCCUCACAACUCAGAGAAGUCAUCAGUGGAGGCCACAUAUAGGAAGAUCUACUUCAGAGACCAACAACUUCAUGUGGAACAUGCAAGAGCUAGUGUGUACCAAAGACUGCAUGCCAUCCAAAGCCCAGAUUCCUAUUGUAGCCUAAACUUUGGCAACUCACUACCCUCAGAAUUUGUGAUGUCCGUCACAGAGCUAGACUUGCUGAUACAAAACGUAGUUUUAGCACAAGGAGAGACUUGUCGAUUCCACCAAGAGAAUCUGCAGGUUUUGAGGUGGGAGACCUAUUCACCAGAGGAGGUGUUGAGCUUUCAGCAGAAGCCCAUGGACCAUAUGUGGGAGCGUUGUGUUUGUCAUGUCACAGAAGCCAUUCAAUACAUUGUGGAAUUUGCCAAACGGCUCAGCGUCUUCAUGGAGCUGAAUCCAAAUGAUCAGAUUGUCCUCCUGAAAGCUGGAGCCAUGGAGGUCCUUUUGAUCAGAAUGAGCCGUGCAUUUAACUGUUACAACAGCACCGUGUUUUUUGAGGGCAAGUAUGCCCCGCUGGAGAUCUUCCAAUCACUGGGGUGCAGUGAUUUGAUUGGUUCAAUGUUUGAUCUUUGCCACUCCCUGUGUGCCCUCAAUCUGUCGGAACAUGAAAUGGCAUUUAUCAGCUCAAUGAUUCUUCUUGAUCCAAGCCGUCCCUGGCUGCAAGACAAACAGAAAGUAGAGAUUCUCCAUAAAAAGCUGGAUCAUGCCUUCAGAUAUCUGCUCCGUACAAGCCUCCGAGAGUCAAUCCUCUCCAAGCUCCCACAGAAAGGACGUCUCCUUAGCAUAUGUCAGUUGCACAUGGAGAAACUGAACAUCUUCCGACAGAUGUACCCAGGAAUAGCAUGUGAGAGAUUCCCUCCUCUCUACAAAGAGCUAUUUAUCUCCGAACCAGAGAUUUUGUGAGAGAGACCACAAGCCCCAGAACCUUCUCUUUCUACCUCUAACUCUCUGUUCCCAGAUUAAGCACUUGCACUGUCGUUCAAAGGAUGACCUUACCCAAAGGACCAAACAAGAUGCCUCCAAGGGCACUGAUAUCCAGACUAUCCUUGCCGCCAGAACCUGCACCCUGCCAAACACAGAUUCGGCAUUUAGAGAGAGGGAGCUUUAACUCCGACUUGAACAGUGCUUCUGCAUUUGGCAUUCCAGAGGGAAAAUUUUAAUAAGAUCAGAAAUCUGGUAUGAUCAAUUUGUAGCUGUCCUUAAUAAUAGCCUCCAUUAUCCUAGCCAAGGAUGAUGAGAGCUUUAGUCCAACAAGCACGCUUUAAAGAAAAGAGAAUUCUGAUAUAUUCCCAGGCUGAGGAAGUCUGCAUUGGAGUGCACUGAACUCUCAUUUGACAGGAAAGGGUUGCUAAAGAAUAUAUAUAUAUAUUUUUUAACAUUACCUAUAAUAUAUUCCAGAAUGUGUCAAUUGGCCUUGUAGCUGUAAAACGAGCAUUAAAUAUUGAGCUAUAUGCACAUGAGACUUGAUCACGAGAGCUUUUGAUUUACUUUAGGAAGUUACCGAGGUUAUAUGGUAUAAUAUUCUCUCCAGGAUGGUCUGCAGCUGCUGUUUGGACCACACUGAAAUGAUGUUUAACUUGGCUGCCUGAUAAUAAGCUAUAUACAGACUGCCUUUGUAU